AUGGCUGCGUCCUGGUGCGCCCUGCGCGGCACUCGCCAGCUGGCUCUCCGUACGCGCCUUCACAUUUCUCCUUCGCCAAUUGCUUUCCGGAAAGCUUCUCCGUCGUUCAAUGCCACCCGACGGUGCUUGACGAUAGCCGCACAGCAGAAGCAGACUUCGCAACGGACGGUUUACACCAGCUCCCUUGCCGAUCACGGUGAUUCUCACCCCCGCGAUGCCUUCCAGCCCCUCGAUACUUUCCCCAGACGUCACAUUGGCCCAUCGCCAGACGCUGCAGAGCAGAUGCUCGCCACUCUCGACCCUCCCGUAGCAUCGCUAGACGAAUUCGUCAAGGAGGUCCUUCCGGCAGACAUCCUUUCCAAGAAGGAUUUGCACGUUUCCCCCCUCAAUGCCGACAUUAAUCUGUACCGAGACAGUGUGCACGAUGGUCUUGGAGAGACGGACAUGCUUAAGGCGUUGGAGACAUAUCGGAAGCAAAUUGAUGUUUCGGGCAAGACAUACAUCGGCAGUGGCUACUAUCCCACUAAGGUUCCCCCAGUUAUCCUCCGCAACAUUCUGGAGAACCCAGCCUGGUACACCAGCUACACUCCUUACCAGCCGGAGAUUAGCCAAGGUCGUUUGGAAUCUCUACUGAACUUCCAGACCUUGACCGCGGACCUUACUGGCUUGCCUUUUGCCAACGCCUCGGUUUUGGAUGAGGCUACUGCGGCCGCAGAGGCCAUGACUAUGUCUUUGGCCAGUCUACCUCUUCCCAGACAAAAGAAGCCCGGCAAGGCUUUCGUUGUCUCCCACCUUUGCCACCCUCAAACUCUUGCUGUGAUGCAGUCCCGUGCGGAGGGAUUCGGCAUCAAUCUGGUUGUUGGUGAUAUCUUGGCGGAUGACUUCAAGCUGGUCAAGGAACAGGGCGACAACCUGAUCGGUGUCCUCGCUCAGUACCCUGACACCGAAGGUGGUAUCUAUGAUUUCCAGUCCUUGGGUGAAACAAUCCACGGCGCUGGUGGCACUUUCAGUGUGGCCACCGAUUUGCUGGCCUUGACUGUCCUCAAGGCACCAGGAGAAUUUGGCGCCGACAUUGCAUUUGGAAAUGCCCAGAGAUUUGGUGUUCCCAUGGGCUAUGGUGGACCUCACGCCGCCUUCUUCGCUUGUGCUGACAAGUACAAGCGUAAGGUUCCCGGUCGUGUCGUGGGUGUGUCCAAGGACCGUUUGGGUAACCGUGCCCUGAGACUUGCUCUGCAAACUAGAGAACAGCACAUUCGUCGUGAGAAAGCCACCAGCAACAUUUGCACAGCCCAGGCCCUUCUUGCAAACAUGAGCGCCAUGUACGCCGUCUACCACGGACCCACCGGAUUGAAGGGCAUUGCCCAGCGGGUCAUGUCCAUGACCGCAACACUUCGCGAGAAGCUUGCUGCCUUGGGUUUCAACGCCCCUAUCCGAACUAACACCACUGAUGGUGGUGCUGUUUUUGACACCGUUACCGUUGAGCUUUCGGACAGCCUGGAAGCGGAUGCUAUCAUUAGCGCUGCUCGCGCACAGUCGAUCUUCCUGCGCCGUGUCUCGCCUAACAAGGUUGGUAUCUCUUUGGACGAAAUCACCGGCCGUGACGAGGUCAAGGGAAUCCUCCAGGUUUUCGCAACCCAUGCCUCCAAGGGCGAGGUUGUCUUGGAUGAGAACCUCGGUAUCGCUCCCAUUCCUGCCAGCCUGGAGCGCACAUCUCCUUACUUGACCCACCCUGUCUUCAACACCCACCACUCGGAGACAGAGAUGCUCCGCUACAUCCAUCACCUGGAAUCGAAGGACCUGUCGCUAGCACACUCGAUGAUUCCCCUAGGCUCUUGCACCAUGAAGCUCAAUGCGACUUCCGAGAUGAUUCCCGUCUCGUGGCCCGAAUUCUCACAGAUGCACCCAUUCAUGCCCGCAGACGUGGCCAAGGGGUACACUCAAAUGAUCGACGACCUGGAGCAGCAACUUGCAGACAUCACCGGCAUGGCAGAGAUUACUGUUCAACCAAACUCUGGUGCCCAGGGUGAGUUUGCUGGUCUCCGAGUUAUCAAGAAGUACCAGGAGGCUCAGGGAUCGAACCGCAACAUUUGCUUGAUCCCUGUUUCCGCCCACGGAACGAACCCCGCCAGUGCUGCUAUGGCAGGCAUGCGUGUCGUUACCAUCAAGUGCGACAUGAAGAACGGCAACUUGGACCUUGCAGACCUCAAGGCCAAGUGCGAGAAGCACAAGGAUGAACUGGCUGCCAUUAUGAUCACCUACCCCAGCACCUUCGGUGUUUAUGAGCCCGGUGUCAAGGAAGCCUGUGACAUCGUUCACCAGCAUGGUGGUCAGGUCUAUAUGGAUGGCGCGAACAUGAAUGCUCAGAUCGGACUGUGCUCUCCUGGUGAGAUUGGUGCUGAUGUGUGCCACUUGAACUUGCACAAGACCUUCUGUAUCCCCCACGGUGGUGGUGGCCCUGGUGUCGGCCCCAUCGGUGUUGCUGAGCACCUGCGCCCCUACCUCCCAUCCCACCCAACCAGCGAGUACCUCCAGUCCAAGCGCGGCGAGACUUCAUCCCCGCCGAUCAGUGCCGCCCCAUGGGGUAGCGCUAGCAUCCUGCCAAUCACCUUCAACUAUAUCAACAUGAUGGGCUCCAAGGGUCUCACCCACGCCACCAAGAUCACUCUGCUCAACGCCAACUACAUCCUCUCCCGCUUGAAGCCCCACUACCCUAUCCUCUACACCAACGACAACGGCCGCUGCGCGCACGAGUUCAUUCUCGAUGUUCGCAAGUUCAAGGAAACCUGCGGUGUGGAAGCCAUUGAUAUCGCCAAGCGUCUCCAGGAUUACGGAUUCCACGCCCCAACCAUGUCGUGGCCCGUCUCCAACACCCUGAUGAUCGAGCCAACAGAGUCGGAGAACAAGGCUGAACUUGACCGAUUCUGUGAUGCUCUGAUCUCGAUCCGCCAGGAGAUUGCUGCCGUAGAGAGCGGCGAGCAGCCCCGCGAAGGCAAUGUUCUCAAGAUGUCACCGCACACCCAACGGGACCUUCUUUCCAGCGAGUGGAACCGCCCCUACGCGCGUGAGGCGGCGGCAUACCCCUUGCCUUACCUUUUGGAGAAGAAGUUCUGGCCUUCGGUGACUCGAGUGGAUGAUGCCUACGGUGAUCAAAACCUUUUCUGCACCUGCGGACCUGUCGAGGACUCGGAGUAG